AUGUUAUCAACUUCAUUUGAUGUCCUCAUUAUCGGAGCGGGGAUAUCUGGCAUCAAUGCCGCCUAUCGUCUCCAGACUGACUUCCCUGACUACCGCGUCGCCAUCCUGGAGGCCCGGAACAACAUCGGGGGCACUUGGGAUCUUUUCCGCUAUCCCGGCAUUCGAUCAGACUCUGACCUGUACACCUUUGGUUUCAAGUGGUUUCCAUGGAAUCAAUCGAACCCCAUCGCAGAAGGGGCGGACAUCUUGAGGUAUCUAGACGAUGCGGCUACUGCAUAUGGCAUCAAGCAGCAUAUCCGCCUCAAUCAUCGAGUAAAGGCAGCCAAAUGGGACGGUCAUGAGUGGAACCUCGACGUACAAAGCGGGGAUACUUCAGAAACACUAAGCGCUCGCUUUGUAAUAUUUGCGACCGGCUACUACGAUUACCACAACCCCUUGGAAGCCACAAUUCCUGGGCUACAGAAUUUCCAAGGGGAAGUGAUUCAUCCCCAGUUCUGGCCGGACAAAUUCGAUGCCCUAGGCAAAAGAAUUAUAGUUAUUGGCAGUGGUGCGACCGCAGUGACACUUAUACCGUCACUCGCAGAGGACUCUGAAUCCGUGACGAUGUUGCAGCGCAGCCCUACCUAUCUUGCCUCCAUCCCGAAUGAUCGCUUCAACACCACCUGGGCCAGACUAUUACCAAGGUCAAUGAUGUACUAUGUCCGUCGACUGUGGUAUCUGGUGGUUCCCCAGUUGUUCUAUCGCUUUUGUCAUACCUUCCCAAACGCUGCGAGAUCCAUGCUGCAAAAGGGCAUGAGGGCGCAACUGCCACCAAGUGUCCCUUUAGAUCCCCAUUUCGUACCUCGCUACAACCCUUGGGAUCAAAGGCUCUGUGCCUGCCCAGACGGAGACUUCUUCAGGGCCGUAAGAUCCACAAAAGCGAAGGUUGAGACGGGGGUGAUUAAGAUGGUUGAUGGAGGCGGGAUUCAAUUGGCGUCUGGGAAACGACUCGACGCCGAUGUUAUCGUCACGGCGACUGGUUUAAGAAUGCAAUUCUUCGGUGGCAUCCCCAUAUACAUCCAAGGAGAGAGGCUGGAUACGUCCGAAAAAUACACGUGGAAUGGCCUUAUGCUCCAGGAUCUCCCGAACGCAGCAAUGGUGAUGGGUUACGUGAACGCCUCAUGGACGCUUGGGGCUGAUAUUGCCAUGCAGCUUGUUUGUAAGAUCCUGAAACACAUGGCAGGCAAUGGCUAUUCAACUGCUAUUCCUACUCUUGGGCAUCAAGGUCAGCUGGGCAUGAAGUCUGUGAUGGGUCUCAGUUCCACUUACGUCAAGCGAGCAGCAAAGGAGCUGCCAAAGGCGUCAGACCAACGGCCGUGGGUGUCACGUACUGGUUACUUUUCCGAUUUAUACUUUGCAACAUUUGGUAAUAUAAGAAAGGGUCUUGUUUUCUCCUAG